UUUCAGAACGCUAACAGUAUUCUCCAACGCUAGUACCAAACAUUAUCUAUAGUACUAAUGUUAGAGUUUAUUAAUGUAGGUCAUUAAAAUUUUAAAUUUACUUCGGGUCGGGUUGCUUUAACUCUUAGCCGGAAACCGUCCGGCGGUGGAAACAGAGCAAAAUUGUUCGCCAGAUGGGAACGGCAAAGCUCCGAGCACCCGCAGGUUUUUCACUUUCCAUUCCGCAGUCUCCGGAGGUCGGAAAAUGCCUGAAUUUGAUGCGGCUAACUCGACAAAGCACUCGGGUCAAGCAAGCGGUGACAAUUGAUGAAAUUCCCCCAAAUUCCUUGAUGCGAGCCAGAGACCCGUGUUGGAGCAGCACUGGCUUCAGUCUUGGGGUCGACUUGGGAUCGAGUCGCACUGGUCUCGCUAUUAGCAAAGGCUUCUCCUUCCGGCCAUUAAUGGUUUUGGGACUGAGAGGCCAGAAGCUAGAAGAUCAACUCAUUGAUAUUGCUCAGAAGCAGUGAUAGGAAGGAGACUCCACAAUCAAACAAAGUUCGAAGUGUUGUUGGUAGACUAGCAGUGCGAGCUGCUGAGAGGCAUCUUGCUGAUUAGCCAACUGAGGGGGCUGCCAAAGCGGUUUACAUUUUCAUUCCUCGAUACUCCAUUUUAGUUACGGUCUUAUCUUUAUGUCCAUUGCCAAUGGAGCUAAAAAGGUCAUUAUUAACAAUGUUUUCGUUUCGGGCACACAAUGAACUCAAUCAAAAUGACACAUUCCUUUGCUUUUACUUUCUAUGAAGUUUUUGGCAGUAAAUGUUGUUUACUACUCCAUUUUAAAGCAUAUUUAUAUAUACUACUUCCUCCGCCCAACAAUAAUAUUCCCGUUCAUUAUUCACAUGGUCAAACUUUAUUCACUUUGUUGGCGUAUUUUCGUUGUCCAUUUGAUAAAAUAAUGUAGUCAUGUCACAUCUAGUUUUGUAGAUCUUUUUGUGUAGUUUUUAAAUAUAUAAUUUUUAUUUUUAAAUUUCACACGAUUUUUCAUAUAAAAUGAUUUGAAAAUAACUUCAGUCAAACAUCGUAACGCGCAACGGGAACAUAAUUCUUGGACGGAGGGAGUAAAAUUUAAUACUCGGG